GCCCGCCCGCCUCCUCCGCUCUCUCUUGCCGCAGCCGCCGCCAACAUGGGACGCGUGCGAACGAAGACGGUGAAAAAGGCCGCCCGUGUCAUCAUCGAGAAGUACUACACCCGCCUGGGGAACGACUUCCACACCAACAAGCGGGUGUGCGAGGAAAUCGCCAUCAUCCCCAGCAAGAAGCUGCGCAACAAGAUUGCGGGGUAUGUCACCCAUCUGAUGAAGCGUAUUCAGAGGGGGCCUGUCAGAGGCAUCUCCAUCAAACUGCAGGAAGAGGAAAGAGAGAGGAGGGAUAACUACGUCCCAGAGGUCUCUGCUCUUGACCAAGAGAUCAUUGAAGUGGAUCCUGACACGAAGGAAAUGCUGAAGCUUCUGGACUUCGGCAGCCUCUCCAACCUGCAGGUCACACAGCCCACGGUGGGGAUGAACUUCAAAACACCCCGAGGAGCUCUCUGAGUCUGUCGCUGUAUGUCGCUUUUCCAAUAAAUGCGGGAAACCAA